GACUAUGAAUUGUUAGCAUUAUCACUGUUAUUGCAGAAGUAUUGGAUUGACAAGAAGUCCAACAACUGCUUUAUGGUAUAUGCUAGGGAUCUCUCGAUCUCUUGGGCUGAAGACGAUCGUAACUGGCUCUGGCCCUCCCUGCAAGAAACCAGUGGUGUCGUCAUUGAUGCUGCCGAAAUGAUUAAUGAAUGUUGGCUAGAAGUGCAUGGACAAUUUGAGACUACAAAGCUGUCACCAGGAACUCUGUAUGAAGUUGCGUUUGUGGUCAAGUUGAAAGCUUCAGCUGAUGGAUGGGAUGUUCCAGUGAAUGUCAGUCUCACUCUUCCAGAUGGUAGCAAACAAUGGCAUGAAGUUAAGUUGAAGGAAAUCCCAAGAGAGCAAUGGAAAGAGAUUUUGGUUGGCGAGUUUAGAGCAUCACCCGAAAUACCUGGGGACAUGGAGUUUUCGAUGUAUGAAUAUGAUAGUGGGAAAUGGAAUAGAGGACUUGUUAUCAAGGGUGUUAUCAUUCGGCCUAAAAAUUAAGUUGCAGAAUACUCAGCUUUGCUUAUGAGCAGAGAUAUGAUUUUCUGGGUUUUUCAUAUGAAGACAGAUCUGAGAGAAUUGCCUAUGUAAGAAAUAAUAAGAACAGAAAAAUGAAACAA